AUGCCCAGCCAGCGGCCGAGAGUGCUGCUGUUCGAUAUCGGUGGGGUGUGCGUUGUAUCACCGUUCCAGGCUAUCUUAGACUACGAGAAGGAGCAGAACAUACCAGUCGGCUACAUCAACUUCGGCAUCAGAGAGCUAACACCACAUGGAUCGUGGCACAAGCUCGAGCGUGGUGAGAUCAAGAACGAUGAGCACUUCAUGAAGGCGUGGAAGGCAGAUCUUGAGAGGAGGGACAUCUGGGCAAAGUUUCACAAGGAGAGGCUCAACACGACGAGCGAGCCUAAGGAGAUUCCCAACAUUGACACAGAAAAGCUGUACUGGACGAUGAUGAGCACCGCCCGAGUCAAUGAUCCUUACAUGUAUCCAGCGCUGAAGAAGCUGAAGGCAUCUGGUCAAUUCCACCUUGCGGCGAUGUCCAACACCACUGUCUUUCCGGACGGCCACGAGUUCAAUAAUCGCACAGGAGACGACGAUGUGAGAGAUGUGUUUGAGAUCUUUGUGAGCAGUGCACACAUUGGGAUGCGGAAACCGAAUCGUGACAUAUAUGACUAUACGCUGGGUCAGAUUCGAGACCGGUGGGGCAGCGAUAUCCAGCCUGAGGACAUUGUGUUUGUGGAUGACAUCGGCGAGAACCUGAAAACAGGGAAGAAGGUUGGCUUCCAGACGAUACGAGUCUUCCUGGGCAAGACGAAGGACGCUGUCAAGCAGCUAGAAGAGAAGACUGGACUGCAAUUGUUAGAGGAGCCAGCCAAAGCUAGAUUGUGA